GCUGUCAGACCUUCCUGCAUGUGAAGAAGAAGCUCUCCGCAGCAGCUAAUCUGGUCUUCUAACAACGUAUUUCUUUCAGGAGAAGAGAUGGCGCUGAUGGGAAUCCAGCUGGUGGUCAGCCUGCUGGCUGCCAGCAUCAUGCAGAGGAUGGCUCCACAUUGCUCGUUUGCACGCUGGCUCAUCUGCAAUGGCAGUUUGUUCCGGUUCAAACACCCGUCAGAAGGAGAGCUGUGUGCUCUGGCAGGGAAGCAGAUGCCCAAACAGACAAGGAGAGACAGGAGACAGAACGGGGAGAGUAAGCCUCUCACUGUGCCCAAAGACAUUGACCUUCACCUGGACAAAGCUCCAAUCAACGCUCUUGACGCGCUUGUGCUGCGUUUUUUCCUGGAGUACCAGUGGCUGAUAGAUUUUGCCGUCUAUGCAACGGGUGUCUUCCUGUUCACUGAGGGUUAUUACAGCGUUGUGGAUGCCAGCAAAGAGAUCAACAUCGGAGCCAUCUGGUGCAUCUUGACUGUUCUCUUCAGUGUAAAGACCCUUCACACUCUCAUGAGCCACUACUUCCUGUCUGAAGAGGGCGGCGAGCGCUCGGUGUGCCUUGCCUUUGGCUUCCUGUUGCUGCUCGUGGCCAUGCUGGUGCUUGUGGUCAGAGAGGACUACCUGGAGUUCGGCCUGGAGUCCGGCUUCUCCAGCCUCUUCGACAACUUGGAAGUCUUUGCCAAACAGCAGGGCUACGCUGACUGGUCAAUCCCAGUGACCAAGCUGACAGUGAAGCUCGGUCUGGCUGCCAUCUGUGCUUACAUCGGUGCUCUCCUGGCCUUCCCCGGCCUGCGACUGGCUCAGACGCAUCUAGAUGCCGUACAGAUGAACUCAGACCGACCACUCAUCCAGAUUCUGCUGCACAUUAGUUUCCUGUCUCCAGUCAUUGUGUUGGUUCUGUGGAUUAAACCCAUUGCAAGGGACUUCCUGGCAAAUGCACCUUUGGGAAAGACUUCAGUAACGAUAGUCUCCAGUGAAACCUUUGACAGCAUGCGCCUCUGGAUCGUGGUGGGGAUGUGUGUGCUGCGGCUGUUACUGACUCGUUACCACCUGCAGGCCUACCUCAAUCUGGCUCAGAAGUGGGUGGAGCAGAUGAAGAAGGAGGCGGGACGUAUCGCUGCUAUUGACAUUCAGAGAAAGGUCACCCGUAUCUUUUGCUACCUGACUGUAAUUACUCUUCAGUAUCUGGUUCCUGUUUUUCUCAUCCUCUUCUCCACACUGGCACUCAAGGCACUAGGGGACUUCUCCUGGUGCACCGGUGUAGAGCGGGCCCCCGGGGUGACCCCAAUAUUGGUGUUGCCCACUGCAGCGCCUGUGCUGCCCGGCGUUCUCGAUGAAGAUGAGGAGGGGAUGGAGGACAUGGAGGAGGACAUCCAGGCCACAGUGGCCCGCCUGUCGGAGGCCUUCACGGCGCUGCGCUCCGUCCUCACUCCGCUCUUCUUCAGAGGUCUCUUCGCCUUCCUGACGUGGUGGGUGGCGGCCUGCCAGGUCAUCAGCUCUCUGUUUGGUAUCUACUUCCACCAGUACCUCAUGCAGAACUAACUGAGGAGUGCCAUAGUGUUCUACCUGCAGUGCAGCCCCAGCCCUCUGCAGGUUAUUCUUUUGCAAACAGCACAAAAUCAGCUGAGGGGACAUUUAAUGAGAACACACAGCUACAGACAGAUUUCACUUUGUAUUUGGCUGCAACAGAAAGUUUGAUAAAGGUUUUUUUUUUGUUUUUUUGCGAGGAGAGAGGCGAUGGACACUGUGUUGUUGCAGCAUUGACUACCUUGUUGCCCUCAUGGCUUAUUGUGACCAGCAGGCUACUGGUAUCACUAACACAAAUGUACAGAGAGAACUGGGGUCUGUGUCACAAAGUAAGAUCAACUUAGUCUGGCUCUCUUUGGGUUAACUGGCUAUACUGAGUCUAACAUUAGACAUGAACAUUAUUUAAAGCUUUUAAUUAAAUGCAAACAUCAAAAGAACCAUGAGAGGAUUACUCAAUAUGAAACAGAGAUCCUCACAGGGAAAUGAGGUUGUUGUGUUAAAAAGUGAUAUUCAGUGAAUCACACAAGUAGGAUAGACAUGAAGCCUUAGAAAUAGGAAGAAUAAUUUCCUUUAUGGCUAUUUAUAGGUGUAAGAAUUAGGCAUUUUCAACAUGUUCAGUAGUCUAGAAAAGUGACAUUUUGUUGCUUUUCUUGUCUCAGUGUGAACAAACUAUUAUGAGUGAUCCACUUCAAGAAAAGCAUGUUGGCAGGUUUGGAUCUGAUCCUCUGAAGUUAGCCUUCUCUGGAGCAGGUUGGCCAUGCAGCAUAGGUUACCAUGGUGAUGUUCCAUCUUUGUGAUUCUGUCUGUUAAACAGGAGUUAAGCCCAAAGAUAUCCAGCUAACCCGCUAAUGUCACUUUAUGACACGGGCCCCCGGACAUCCUCCAGCUAUUUCAAUAUUUUCCUGCAACUUUUCAGAUGUAUCUAUGCCAAUGUUACCUGAACAGUUCUUAACUGAACAUUGUUUAAAUGCUGCAUUUUAAGAUGUUAAAUUGGUACCAGGAUAAGUAUUAGUACUUUAUCCCUGUGUAGAUAAGAUGUAUUUUUGUGAGGGACUCUUUGUCCCCAUAAAGGAACCGAUUCAAGAGUGCUAAAUGGUUUUUGUUAUCUUUUUUUUUUUUUUCUGCUGUAACGUUUUGAUUGCAAAUGUGUAGUAAAGCUCUGAUCCAUCGUAUGGGAUUAAAAUGUUUUAAUUCAAUACUAUUUGUGGCUGUUUAUCGGCCAAGAACGGAAGAGCUGUUGCUUUCUUCUCAAAGAGUUUCCUUCAGUAUUCCUAAGUGCCUGGGAGCUCAGGGGUUUUUGAGUCAAUUUAAAAAUCUCCUUUCUCCCUAAUCAUACGUAUUUAGAAUGAAUAUAAUCUGUUAAUGGAUGAAAUUAACACUCCAAACCUAUUUCAGUUUUUUCCUUUUUUUUUUAUUUUCAAACACUACUCACUGGCAACACUUUUUAUAGUUGCAGUGUCUUAAUUAGCUACAUCACCUUAAAGUGUUUUGCUGUUUUUAUUGCCAAUUAGUCAUGUACAUGUACGUCUAAUCAAAGCCUACUUUUUAUUAAUUUUGCGUCAGUGGCUUUUAUUUAUUUAUUUAUGAAACAUUGUCUAGAAUAACUUUUGUUAUUUAGAAAUGAUACAGAUGCUGUUUUUCUGUAGUUUUUUUGUAUUGUUUUGCGGCAAUUUGUUUGAUUUUUAGUGAGGGUUUUUUUAGAUAGUAUAUUUGAAUUGAAUGCUCUGAAAUCAUUAUACUGUGAACUCUAAAUGAAAUGAAAAAAUAUUUUUUUUGGAUUUUCUGAAUGCAUGGUGUGCAAAC